CAAAUCGAAAAAAGAGAGAAAACCAGAGGGAAAAAAAAAAAACAGCAGAGUGUGAAGAGCGGACCGAGCAGUGGUGACGUGGAAUGAUAAAAUGCUCAGACCAUGUAAAGUUUUGAAAGACAUCUAGGGAACUGUCAGCUGGGGAGGGCGUCUUACUAUACUGAAAGAGAUCUAUUUGGAAGCACGUUGGAGGCUCCUAACCCCCUGCAGUCAUGCUCAGCAAUCCAGCAGUUGUGGAGUCACUUGUGGUGUUCGCCAUCAUUCUGUGUGUCCACCUCGUGGUGUGGAACCAGCUGUCAUGGUGCUGCAUCGCUCUGGCCAUCCAGGCCUUCUACGUGCAGCACAAGUGGGACCGCCUGCUACAGACCGGCGGUGCGGUGUUCCAGUUCCGGCCAUCGGCCAACAGCGGUGUCCUGCCUGCCUGCAUGGUGAUCCCUCUGCUGGGCCUAGCACUGAGGGAGCGCUGCGAGGCAUCUGGCAACGUCUACUUUGAGCGCUUCUCCAUGGUGGUAACAGUCACUGGCAUGAUGUUGGCGCUCUUUCUUUCCUUGAUUGCCCUGGGCAUCACUCGGCCAGUGCCCACCAACACCUGUGUGAUAGCUGGCAUCGCUGGCAGUGCGGUUCUGUACACUGCUAAGAAGACCCUGACGGUGUCUGAGGUCAUCGAGGUGCUGGAAGUCCUGCUCAUUUUCGUCUACCUCAGCCUAAUCGUGCUGUACCUGCUGCCCCGCUGCUUCACGCCAGGGGAGGCCCUCGUAGUUGUGGGAGGAAUCAGCUUUGUCAUCAACCAACUCAUCAAGCGUUCCCUCAACCUGGCUGAGGUGAAAGGGGACCCUGUUAACUACUUCCUGCCCGUAGUCUUGCUGGGUACCCUCCUGCUCGGGGCCAUCUUUGCUGUGCUCUUCUGCUUUAUGGAGUCAGAGACGUGGGUCUCCUCGCUCUUCUUCCACACAAUGGCGGCUGUUCUAGGCUUGGGGAUCAUUAUGCCUUGGCUCUCACUACUCAUCAGAAGGCACCCAAUCAUGUGGCUGCUGGACUUUGUGACUCUCAGCCGGACGCGCCUUUAUCUGCUGGCAUAUUGGGUGCUGCUGGCCAUUCUGGCCUCCGCUUUGGUCCUGCACCAGAACUACAAGAGGACAUCUGGUUCCAAGAAGCAUCAGGCAUCCACCGUGGUGCGCAAGUACUUCCACGUGAUCGUAGUGGCUACCUAUGUGCCGGGACUCAUGUACGAUAGGCAGUUGCUCCACGUAGCUUCGGUGGCCUGCCUGGCCGUCUUCCUGCUGCUGGAGUAUGUGCGUUAUUUUCGCAUUCGUCCUUUGGGCCAGCCCCUCCGACAGCUGCUCACACUCUUCCUGGAUGAACGUGACUCGGGGCCCCUCAUCCUCACCCACAUAUACCUGCUCCUGGGUAUGUCUCUGCCCAUUUGGCUCUUCCCCGGGCCCUGUGCCCCCAAGGGCAGCCUGCCUGGGGCAGGGGGCCUUGUGCCCUAUGCAGGGGUCCUAGCAGUGGGUGUGGGGGACACCGUGGCAUCAGUGUUUGGCAGCACCAUGGGUGAGAUCCGGUGGCCCGGGACGAGAAAGACAAUGGAGGGCACAGCUACGUCAGUCUUUGCCCAAAUUAUUGCUGUAGCCAUGUUUCUCAUUUUUGACGGGGCCCUCAAUCUGAACGCAAGCUAUGCGUGGGUGGUGGGGUCCAUUGCCUUGGUAUCUAUGCUGGAGGCCUACACUGCCCAGAUAGACAACCUUCUUCUUCCACUGUACCUCUUCGUCCUCUUCAUGAUCUGAGCAGGCCCAACCAUGAUGCCGCUUCCAACCCAGGGGUGUGUCAAGUUAUUGCUGGGCUAACAAUAACCAAAGCUCAGAUUGUGCAUUUUGUUUAAUUUGUGGAUUAAUUUUAAAACCUGGAGGUGU